CAAAUAACCUAAAAAACGGAUUUUAAAAAUGUUAAAAUUAAUAAAAAAUUUAUCAAAAAAUAAUCACGUUAUUAAUUAUUCAACACAAGCUGCAAUCUUAAAUGAAAAUGUAUCACAAGUUUUCCGAUCAUCAGAAAAUAGUCCCACAAAACAAACAUCUCAAAAUUUAGGACAAUUUUAUGAAAUUGAUACAAAUGUAAAGAAAAAAUUAUUUCAACAAGGUGGUUUACCAAAAUCAUUUGAAAUACAAACGAAAACAUUCGGUGAAUGUUGUUUGAUGGUACGAAAUCCAGCACUCGAUAUUAUCAACUGUUUAAAAAAUUUAAACUUUACAAAACCAACAACACGAUUUGUAUUAUACGGCAAAAAAGGAUCUGGAAAAUCGUUAACUAUGGCUCAUGUUAUACAUUUCGCAUCAGAGAAUAAUUAUUUAAUAGUACAUGUUCCAUGGGUGGCAAAUUGGAUGCGAAAAUGUAAAGAGUAUGCAAAUUCGACAACCAAAGAGGGUUAUGUUGAUUUACCGAUUGAUUCUGCUACAUGGCUGGUACAUUUUCGUACCCAAAACGCACAUUUACUAUCAGAUUUAUUAACUUCAAACGAUUAUGUGUGGAGCAAACGUGAAAGUACACCAAAAGGAUCGAAAUUAAUUGAAUUAGUCGAGCAUGGUAUAAAUCGUAUUAAAUUCGCUUCCGAUUGUAUUGUCGCAAUCGCUGAAGAAAUCAAAAUAUUAUCGACACAAGGAAAAUGUAAAACACUUGUUGCGAUCGAUGGAUUCAACGCUUUCUUCUAUCCUCAUACCCGAGUUUACACAGACGCGAAAGUAGCUGUACCUCCGAAUAAAGUGCGAUUAACUGAUGCUUUUCUAAGUUUAACGCAAUGUGAUUGGUCUAAUGGAUCAAUAGUGGUGACAGUAGAUGAGCAAGCUGUUCCAGAAAAGGAUCAUGGUUCUCAUUAUCCAUUUUAUUUGUUGGGUAAAUCUGGCUUUGAACAUUUAGAUCCAUUUGUUCCAAUAUUAGUGCCUGAAUAUACAUCGAAAGAGUUCGAAAGUUGUAUGAAAUAUUAUCGUGAUCGAUUAUGGGUGCAAACAGUCGGUGAUCCUCAAACACAAAAUGAAGAAUUAUAUUUUUUAAGUGGUUUGAAUCCUUAUAGAUUAAUGAAAAUAUGUGCGCCAUUGUAAAUAAAGUUGUUUUUAAUUUAUAUUAAUGUUUUUUAGCGUUUU